AUGUUACGUUUAACACGGAUACCAGCAUGCUAUGAACUAUUCGCGCACAAACAUGUUUGUAAGAUAUCAGGAAUUCAUGUCAGCAUACAAACGAGAGGACUGAGCCUGCGCUCAAAACUGUCGCCACCACGCGCAGGCGUAUUAAGAACCAAGGCGAAGCUACGAUCGUCGCGUAAGAAACCGAGUCCAGUAUCAGACAAGACCCGUGGUCAUAUUCCAGCACGAUUUAAAUUAUUGCCGAUAAAGAGUGAUGUGAGUUUGACGAAGAGCGGUGUGAGUUCGGCAAAAAGACCAAAACCCGAAAAGUUGGUCAAGAAAAUGCGUGAUCAGUUGAAGAAGAAUGCUACUAGCGCGAAAGAGACUGAUAAGGAUACUGUUGUGGAAGAGAAGAAAUUAUUAGCUAAAGUCAAACCAUUUAGUGUACAGAAGUUAAUGGAAAAAGCAGAAGGUGUCACUUUUGAAAGUAUGGGUUUGCGAGAGGAAAUAUACGAGGCCAUACGGUCUGGUCCGCUAGCUCACGUGACUAAACUUAGACCAACUGAAAUUCAGGCUCUCGCAAUACCCGAGAUAUUAAAGCAUCACAAAAAGCAUAUUAUGUGUGCUGCUGAAACUGGCUCUGGCAAGACACUAACGUAUUUAAUACCAAUAAUAAACAAAUUAAAGCAAGAGGAAGCCGAUGCUAGGGCAAUUACAGAUAAUAAGCCUACGGUCGAUGAAACUGUAGUCGGUCAAUCAACGAUGAAUACAUCAUUCCCGGACGCUGAAUUACCUAAUUUGUCCAUCCAAUCAUCUUCACCCAUUCUUCAGACCCGAUCCCUUACUUCAUCUCCAACAACUAACGCCAUUAUGGAUUUUCCUUACCCAGAUGAAUCAUUCUUUGCAGGCGUUAAUUUACCUCAACAAAUAAAAUCCAAACAUGAACCUCAAUCUUCAAUUCGUCGCCUAAGAUCUCCACGUGCAAUAGUGCUUCUUCCAUCUCGGGAAUUAGUCAAUCAAAUACAUUCAGUAGCCAAACAACUCUCUCAUAUUGCUAAAUACCGCGCCGUAGCUAUUACAUCUCAUAUGCCUCGAUGGACAGUAGUUCGUAAUCUAGAAACGCCCGUUGACUUGGUUGUUGCUACGCCCGCAGGCAUCCUUCAAUACUCCAAGGAGAACGUUCUAUCAUUUGUUGACGCAAAGUAUUUGGUCAUCGAUGAAGCUGACACCAUGUUUGGACAUGGAUUUGAGGAUGAGGUUAGGGAAAUAGUAAAAAAUCUAAAGGAAUCAGCGGCGAGUCAGAAUAGGUCGUAUCAGGUUAUAAUCGUAUCGGCAACACUUCCUAAGACCGUUAAUGAAAUGCUCAACACCGAGUUCCCUUGGUUGACUAAGAUAACGACGCCUUCCUUGCAUAAAGUUCUUCCUACACUGACGCAAACAUUCAUAGACAUGAAGUCUUAUAAUUUCAAUAAACAUAAUGCCAUUCUUGAAGUUCUAAAACAAAAUCACACAGAUCGUACUAUGAUCUUCUGCAAUACUCGUCCGAGUGCAAGAGGGGUGGAAGCAUUUUUAACAUCGAAGAGAAUACCCGUGAUUGGACUGUAUGGGGACGUAGCGAAUAGAGAAGCAAAGCUAAAUAUAUUCAAAGACAAUCCCGAGGAGGCAAAAGUGUUGGUGUGUACGGAUAUUGCUUCUAGAGGUGUUGAUACUACUUUUGUGGAUCAUGUUAUAUUGAUGGAUUUCCCAACGACGGUGGUUGAUUAUUUACACCGUGUUGGGAGAACAGCAAGGGCAGGAAGAGUAGGAAAGGUUACUUGUUUUAUAACUAAGAAGAACAGAGAAUUAGCUGAUAGAAUAAGAAGGAACAUUAGAGAUGGAAGAGUUCUUAGCUGA